UCUGUCCUCCCCCUCCCCCUGCCUGGGCUCCGGCGCGGAGGCGGGGCGUGGCCGGCCUGCUCCGGGAGGGGAGGGGCUUCCCUCUCCAGGGCUGGGCUCUGUCUGGGCGGCUCGGGGGUCGCUGGUCCUCGGGGCAUCGACUUUGCAGCCGAGCUGUUCCCGCCGGGGGUGAAAGGUAGGGAGGAGAGCAGGAGCUGCUGGAGGAAGCGCAGCUGCCGCGCCACCACCGCGAAGAUCGAGCGAGCUCGGAGCACGCGACGAGCUGGAGACCGAGCUCCCUGGUCUGGACAAGCUAGGAAGCAGAGGGUCCUGUCGCAGCAGCAGUGGCGGCCCAAGGAGGCUGCUCAGGGCAGACGCAGCUGUGCGAGGCUUUGGGGCGAUUGGAGCGACUGAAGCCUGGGCAGUUCAGUGCCUCUCGUGUUCUCAUUUUUUAACCUCUGACUAUGCAAUUCUGAAACCUCCCCCACUCGGGGGACCAGACAGCCCGAUAGACACCUUCCACUCUCCUUUCCUCCCGCCCUGCUCUCGAGAAUAGAAGGAUCUUUCCCUAACGUCUUUCAUCAUUAAGAGGAAAGCGAUGGAGGAGCUGAGCGCCGAUGAGAUUCGACGGAGGCGCCUUGCGCGACUUGCUGGUGGCCAGAAUUCUCAGCCGACCACCCCCCUCACCUCUCCCCAGAGGGAGAACCCUCCUGGACCUCCGAUAGCAGCGUCUGCCCCAGGCCCCUCCCAGAGUCUUGGUCUCAACGUCCACAACAUGACCCCAGCUACCUCCCCUAUAGGUGCAUCAGGAGUAGCCCACCGAAGCCAGAGCAGUGAAGGAGUCAGUUCUCUCAGCAGCUCACCCUCUAAUAGCCUUGAAACACAGUCUCAGUCUCUUUCACGGUCCCAGAGCAUGGAUAUCGAUGGCGUUUCUUGUGAGAAAAGCAUGUCCCAGGUGGACGUGGAUUCAGGAAUUGAAAAUAUGGAGGUUGAUGAAAGCGAUCGACGAGAAAAGAGGAGCCUCAGCGACAAGGAGCCGGCCUCGGGUUCUGAGGUGUCCGAAGAGCAGGCCUUACAGCUGGUCUGUAAGAUCUUCCGUGUCUCCUGGAAGGACCGAGACCGGGACGUCAUCUUUCUCUCCUCUCUCUCUGCGCAAUUCAAGCAGAACCCAAAAGAAGUGUUCUCCGAUUUUAAAGACUUGAUUGGCCAGAUUUUAAUGGAAGUGCUAAUGAUGUCCACUCAGACGAGAGAUGAAAACCCGUUUGCCAGUCUAACAGCAACAUCGCAGCCAAUCGCAGCAGCAGCUCGGUCACCAGACAGAAAUCUCAUGUUAAAUACUGGCUCCAACCCAGGAACCAGCCCCAUGUUCUGCAGCCUGGGCUCCUUCAGUGCCAGCUCUCUGUCUAGCCUCUAUGAGACUAGUCCUGCUCCCAGUGCCAGUGCCUGGAGCUCAGUGCCGUUGAUGAGCCCCGCUCUUGCUGCACCUUCCCGGGCAGCCAGCCAGGCGGCGGUGCCUUCCAUUUCCCUCAGUCCUCAUAGUACGGCUUCUGGAACGGCUGCAGGGAGCCAAGCCUCCUCUCCACGGUAUCGCCCUUACACUGUCGCCCACCCCUGGGCCACUUCAGGUUCUCCUACCCCACGGCCCUCAGGCCUCUCCCUUCUGUCCAGCUCACCACACCUCGCUAGUAACCCACAAGCAGUGCCUGCCGAUUCUCCUUCCCAACAGAGACCCGCUGCCACGGGUGCACCUUUACUGUCUGCCUCCCCCCGUGCCAUGAGCAGACGCCCUUCCUCCCUCGGGACGUCUCCUAGUCUGUACGGCAGCCCUUUCUCCUUCCUCCUCCUCGCACUCUCUGGAGACAGUAGUGAUGAAGAAGAUGAAGAGGAAGAUGAUGAUGGUGAUGAGGAGGAGGAUGAUGAAGGUGGCGGUGGUGGUGACGAUUUUUCUUGUGUCCAGUUUGGGUCCAGUUUGGGAGCCUCUGGCGGGGCAAGUACCUGGGAUUCCUACAGUGACCAUUUUACCAUUGAAACGUGCAAAGAGACAGACAUGCUGAACUACCUCAUCGAGUGCUUUGACCGAGUUGGAAUAGAGGAAAAAAAGGCACCAAAGAUGUGCAGCCAGCCGGCCGUCAGCCAGCUUCUGAGCAACAUCCGCUCACAGUGCAUUUCCCAUACUGCAUUAGUACUCCAAGGCUCCCUGACACAACCGAGGUCCAUGCAGCAGCCGUCGCUCCUGGUGCCGUAUAUGCUGUGUAGGAAUCUCCCGUACGGCUUCAUUCAGGAGCUGGUGAGGACAACGCACCAGGACACUGAAGUGUUCAAGCAGAUCUUUAUCCCCAUUUUACAAGGCCUGGCGCUUGCUGCCAAAGAGUGCUCCCUUGAUAGCGACUACUUUAAAUAUCCCCUCAUGGCAUUAGGUGAGCUCUGCGAGACCAAGUUUGGGAAGACGCAUCCCGUGUGCAAUUUGGUUGCUUCUUUGCCUCUGUGGUUGCCGAAGUCCUUAAGCCCUGGCUCGGGCCGGGAGCUGCAGAGACUGUCUUAUUUGGGAGCCUUCUUUAGCUUCUCUGUCUUUGCAGAAGAUGAUGCUAAAGUGGUUGAAAAAUAUUUCUCAGGGCCUGCCAUUACCCUGGAGAACACUCGCGUGGUUAGCCAAUCACUGCAGCAUUACUUGGAGUUGGGAAGGCAAGAGCUUUUCAAGAUCCUGCAUAGUAUUUUGUUAAACGGUGAGACCCGUGAGGCUGCUCUCAGUUACAUGGCAGCUAUUGUCAAUGCCAAUAUGAAGAAGGCACAGAUGCAGACAGAUGAUAGAUUGGUAUCGACAGACGGAUUUAUGCUGAAUUUCCUUUGGGUGCUGCAGCAACUAAGCACCAAGAUCAAGUUAGAGACUGUCGAUCCUACGUAUAUAUUCCACCCAAGGUGUCGGAUUACGCUCCCGAAUGAUGAGACGCGCGUGAACGCAACAAUGGAGGAUGUGAAUGACUGGCUGACUGAACUCUAUGGAGAUCAGCCUCCAUUUUCUGAGCCGAAGUUCCCUACGGAAUGUUUCUUUCUCACCCUGCACGCCCACCACCUCUCUAUUCUGCCGAGCUGCCGCCGUUACAUCCGCAGACUCCGGGCCAUCAGGGAGCUCAAUCGGACUGUGGAAGAUUUGAAAAAUAACGAAAGCCAAUGGAAAGAUUCCCCUCUGGCGACUAGACACCGUGAAAUGCUGAAACGCUGCAAAACUCAGCUGAAGAAACUGGUACGGUGCAAAGCCUGUGCUGACGCUGGCUUACUUGACGAGAGUUUCCUGAGAAGAUGUCUGAAUUUCUAUGGCCUUCUCAUUCAGCUGCUGCUCCGCAUCCUGGACCCUGCCUAUCCCGAUAUAACACUGCCUUUAAAUUCAGAUGUCCCCAAGGUAUUUGCAGCAUUGCCUGAGUUUUAUGUAGAAGAUGUUGCUGAAUUUUUAUUUUUUAUUGUACAACACUCCCCUCAGGCGCUUUAUGAGCCCUGCACUCAGGAUGUUGUGAUGUUCCUUGUUGUGAUGUUGUGCAGCCAGAGCUACAUCCGGAAUCCGUAUCUGGUGGCCAAGCUGGUGGAGGUCAUGUUCAUGACCAAUCCUGCUGUUCAGCCACGAACCCAGAAGUUUUUUGAAAUGAUCGAGAAUCACCCUCUCUCCACCAAGCUGCUGGUCCCAUCCCUGAUGAAGUUUUACACAGAUGUUGAGCACACCGGAGCCACCAGUGAGUUCUAUGACAAGUUCACAAUUCGCUAUCACAUCAGCACCAUUUUCAAAAGCCUUUGGCAAAACAUCGCUCACCAUGGGACCUUUAUGGAGGAGUUCAAUUCCGGGAAGCAGUUUGUUCGCUAUAUAAACAUGCUGAUCAAUGACACGACCUUUCUGCUCGACGAGAGUCUGGAGUCUCUGAAGCGGAUCCACGAAGUGCAAGAAGAGAUGAAGAACAAGGAGCAGUGGGAUCAGUUGCCGCGGGACCAGCAGCAGGCCCGUCAGUCCCAGCUGGCUCAGGAUGAGCGUGUGUCCCGCUCUUAUCUGGCGCUGGCCACGGAAACCGUGGACAUGUUCCAUAUCCUCACCAAGCAAGUCCAGAAGCCGUUCCUCCGACCGGAACUUGGGCCCCGUUUGGCUGCGAUGCUGAACUUUAACCUUCAACAACUGUGUGGCCCCAAGUGCCGUGACCUGAAAGUUGAAAACCCCGAGAAAUAUGGCUUUGAACCAAAGAAGCUGUUGGACCAACUGACAGAUAUCUACUUGCAACUGGACUGUGCUCGGUUUGCGAAAGCCAUUGCUGACGACCAGAGAUCCUACAGCAAGGAGUUGUUCGAAGAAGUGAUCUCAAAGAUGCGCAAGGCCGGGAUCAAGUCCACCAUCGCAAUCGAGAAGUUUAAGCUUCUGGCCGAGAAAGUGGAAGAGAUCGUCGCCAAGAAUGCGCGCGCGGAGAUCGACUACAGCGAUGCGCCCGAUGAGUUCCGAGACCCUCUGAUGGACACCCUGAUGACUGACCCCGUGCGACUCCCAUCGGGCACCAUCAUGGACCGCUCCAUCAUCCUGCGGCACUUGCUGAACUCCCCCACCGACCCCUUCAACCGACAGACACUGACAGAGAGCAUGCUGGAGCCAGUGCCGGAACUGAAAGAGCAGAUUCAGACCUGGAUGAGAGAGAAACAGAACAGUGACCAUUAAGCCACCCCCCGUGCCCAGCCCCUGCUUGAAACAGCCAAGGCCAGUGAGGCCAACAGAGGAGGCAGCAUUGGUGGCGGAAAUGCUGUAGCCACGUCGGAGGCCACAUGUGGCCACACGCACCACGAGCCCACCCAGAGUGACCAAACGCUAGGGUCUAAGAGGACGCGGCGAGAAGAGGAGCCCAAUUCCUGUACAUAUAUUUAAGUGACAAACACGGUCAAAAGCUCGAGGGACACAUGUUGUGGUUGCUUACGUAAUAAAAGUGCGUCCUUCACGUCUGGGGCUUUUGCAGCUGAUAGCAGUGGCGAGUGGGGCUGGGCAGCGUCGCCGUCAUCUGUUGUUGUUCUUGUUUUUUAAACCCCAUAUCCGUUGAUUUGAUUGUGAUUAGAGAACCUUGGACAUUUUGCUGCUAAAUACUCUCCCCCGCCCUCCUCCUUCCCGACGUCCCCGACUUGCACUGCUGUGGAUUUUUUUUAAAGAGAAGCAAAAACAGAAAUCACCUCUCUCCUCUGGCCCUCCAAACAUAGAUUCUGUGAGGUAACUGUGCCUGCAACAAAGUGUUAAUCCUGGGAUCGUAUUUUUAUAUCAUAUUCACAUACUUGUUUUUUUUAAUUGGUGUUAGAUGACAUGAUUAAUAAAAAAGGCAAGCUAUUUUCAGAAUUUGAAUUUCAGUUUUUCUUUUUUUUUUUCUUUUGCAAUGCCCCUCCUAAAAAUUUUUUAUUCUGAACCAAAUGAAGUGGCUCCAGCCGCUCCUCCAGUCCACGUGACACCUGUUGGGACGCUGAGAAGCAGCGACCACCACGGAGGCAUGGGAGGACAUCGGGACUUACCUGACCUUUGGUUGGUUGGUUGGUUCGGGUUUUUGGGGGGGUGGGAGGUGGGUAUAGGGAUGGUUUUUAAAAAUACUACACGACAGUUCUAAGCCUUUGCAGUUGUCCCCCAAGGGUAAAUCAGUUCCUCUACUCUUGAGUCUGUGAGUUUAAGGCAGGGUCAUUUGUAUGACGUGUCCUUUGGGGCUUGGCCUUACCAAAGCAAAAAGGGUGCAAGAAAUGUGGAAGUACAUCUGUUUAUGUAAACACACGCAUACACGCACAUGCAAACACACACACACACACACACACCUUUUUGUAUUACUGCUCCCUACAGAACAUACUUGAAUUCUUGGAUUCCCCGUGGGGUAAAAAAGGAUUUGAAACCAUAAAGUGUUUUAAAUUAAGUCUACAAAAAACAUACUUUCUUUUUCUUUUCCUUUUUUCCCCCCUCCUCACAGACAAUGUCCUCUGUUCAGUCCCUAACUGAAAUGACAAUAAAUGGUGAUGCACAUUCAGAAAGAA